CACCGCAGUGAGACUGAGACUGGGACUCCCAAGGUUGUGAACAAUUUUCCUGCUCGCCUGUUUGAAAGUCCACUUCAUCCUAUCAUUACAUCGCUUCCAUAUUAUCUUAAUCUCCCAUUCCCUUCAAGCUCUCGCCUUUCUUUCUUCUUUUUCUCCAAUUUGGUUGCUUUCGCCUCUAGAGCUCCGAAACACCACUUCUGAUUUUCGUUGGCAAAGAGAAACCCUAUUUUAUCGUUGUAUGCUUGAAUUUGGGAGCUCUGCUCCUGGAAAGUGAGAAGCUUUUGAGCAUAUCGUUGGUUCUUCUCUGCUGAAGAGAAUUGACUUUGAAUCUCUAGUAUGGACGUCUUUAAAAGGGCCAUACUGCAGCCUGGCCCACCUGAAAGUUUUGCUUUGCAGACUGUUCAGGAAGUGAUUAAGCCUCAGAGGCAAACAAAAUUGGCUCAAGAUGAGAAUCAAUUCCUGGAAAAUAUUCUACGGAUGCUGCUCCAAGAGCUAGUGUCGUCUGCAGUGCAGUCAGGAGAGGAAAUAAUGCAGUAUGGACAAUCCAUGGAUGAAAGGGAGACACCUCAGGGUCACAUUCCUCGUCUUCUUGAUAUAGUGCUAUAUCUUUGUGAGAAAGAACAUGUUGAAGGUGGCAUGAUUUUUCAGUUGCUGGAAGACUUGACAGAAAUGUCUACAAUGAAAAACUGCAAAGACAUUUUUGGGUAUAUUGAGAGUAAACAAGAUAUUUUAGGAAAGCAAGAGCUUUUUGCUCGGGGAAAGCUUGUGAUGCUGAGGACCUGCAAUCAGCUUCUUCGCAGGUUGUCAAAGGCAAAUGAUGUGGUCUUUUGUGGACGAAUUCUCACAUUUCUGGCGCAUUUCUUCCCACUAUCUGAGCGUUCAGCCUUAAAUAUUAAAGGAGUUUUUAACACAUCAAAUGAAACAAAAUAUGAGAAAGAACCUCCUGAAGGUAUAUCUAUAGAUUUCAAUUUUUAUAAGACUUUCUGGAGCUUACAGGAAUAUUUUUCUAACCCUGCUUCCUUAAGUCUUGCUCCAACAAAGUGGCAGAAAUUCACAUCUAGCUUGAUGGUUGUGCUGAAUACUUUUGAAGCGCAACCUUUAAGUGAUGAAGAAGGGGGUGCUAAUAAUUUGGAGGAAGAGUCAGCUAAUUUUAGCAUAAAAUAUCUCACUAGCAGUAAGCUAAUGGGUCUAGAGUUAAAAGACCCAAGUUUUCGACGCCAUAUUCUUGUCCAAUGUCUCAUAUUGUUUGACUAUUUGAAGGCCCCUGGAAAAGGUGACAAAGAUUUGCCAUCUGAAAGCAUGAAAGAAGAGAUAAAAUCAUGUGAGGAGCGUGUUAGAAAGCUUCUUGAACUAACGCCUCCCAAAGGGAGAGCAUUUCUUCAUAAAAUUGAGCACAUACUGGAACGAGAAAAGAAUUGGGUAUGGUGGAAACGUGAUGGAUGCCCACCAUAUGAAAAACAACCAAUGGAGAAGAAAGCAGUACAAGAUGGGGCCAAAAAGCGUAAGCCAAGAUAUAGAUUGGGCAACAAAGAACUUUCUCAGUUGUGGAGGUGGGCAGAUCAAAAUCCUAAUGCUUUAACUGAUCCUCAGCGUGUUCAAACUCCUUCCAUUACGGACUACUGGAAGCCUUUGGCUGAAGAUAUGGAUCCAUCAGCAGGAAUUGAAGCUGAAUAUCACCACAAGAAUAACCGGGUUUAUUGUUGGAAAGGCCUUCGUUUUUCAGCUCGACAAGACUUGGAGGGAUUUUCUAGGUUUACAGACCAUGGCAUUGAAGGGGUCGUGCCGCUGGAACUUUUGCCCCCUGAUGUUCGAUCUAAAUAUCAGGCUAAACCAAAUGACAGAGCAAAACGGGCUAAAAAGGAAGAAACAAAAGGCAAUGUUCAUCAAGUUGAGGAAAAUCAGGUUGCUGCACCUGCAGCUGAGGCUGAUGGUGAAGCUGUGAGGACUGACGCAUCAACAACUCCUAUGGAAUAUGAUGCCGUUGCUGUCCCAGCUGCUCAAGGUGGAACCCCGACGCCAGAUGAACUCCAGAAGCAGAGCUCUGACACUGAUGUUGGUCCGGAAGCAGGGCAAUUGGAAGCAGAUGCUGAGGGUGAGGUAGAGGCUGGCAUGAUAGAUGGAGAGACAGAUGCAGAUGUUGAUUUAGAAGCAGUGGGCUGAAAUUUUCCAGAUCGUCAUGCUAAGGAACCAUGAUGAAACUGAGGGUCAAUGCCAGGACACUAUUUUGUGGUGAUAAGAAUGACAACCAUUGAAGCUCACGGACGGGAAGAAAGUUUUGAAUUUCUUGUGAUUAUGACUGAGGACAUU